GCAAGUUUCAAAGUUAUCAGUGCAUGGAAGGUGGUAGUUUACCGCCGUGCGCCCACUAGUGUUAUUCUAUACGGCAACUGUAAAACCAAGAAUGGCACGUUUCAUCGAUCCAAAGGAUUUUGAUCGGGUCCUCAACGAGUUGGAAUCUGAAGAAGAAUGUGGAGAGCAGAAUGACUUUGAAGAUGACAUCGAUUUUGAAGCUGAAGUCAUUGAACAUGAUCGACACAACAGCGAACCUGAAAACGACUUGGAAGAGCUGAUGGUGCCUGUGAUGAGGGAAAAAGAAGAAAACUUGGAAGGUUUAAGAAUUUUCAUUGGGAGGAAUGGUGAUACAUUGUGGGCAAAUAGACCUCUCCACCAAACAACAAAAACAAAAGCUGUAAAUAUAAUAAAGACAAUUCCUGGACCAAAAGGGGAGGCAAGAAAGUGUUAAAGUAGGAGCGAAUGUUUACUGAAAAUAAUUUUGGAAUCAAUGAUUGAAAAAAUGGUAGAAUAUACGAAUAUAUUUAUUUCAAAACAAAAAGAUGAAAGAAAAAACGAUAGGGUAGAUGGAGAUGGUUUUAGGGACAUAGAUUAUAGGUCUACCACUGGAGAAGAAAUUUUAGCUUUAUUUGGAGCUUCAUUUUUGAUUGCUGUGAAAUGGGGAAACCGGAGUGAUGUUUCUGAGUUUUUUACUACAAAUGGAACUGGGUUGACUAUAUUAUGUGCUUACUUCAGUGAGCAUCGAUUCCGUAUGUUGUUGAGGUCA